UUUUUUUCCUUUAAUGGUUGGAAUUAAAGUUAUGUGAAAUUUCUGGGUUUGGAGAAGGAUGAUUUUGGUUUGAUCAAGUUUUGGGGAUGGAGAACAGUGGAGAAGCAGUGGAUGAUCAAGGCUCUGGAUGGUUCGAAGUGAAAAAGAAACAUAGAAAUAGCUCGAAGUUCUCCCUACAGAGUUGGGUUGGAGGAUUUUCAGGAAGAAAUGCUUCCAGCACUUUUUGUGGUCAGUCCUCAUUAAGUGAAAACAAUGGAAAUUCCCACGGCAAGCGUAGAUACCAGCAUCCGAAAGGAGGGGAGAAUUACGCUGUUCAUAGUCAGAGAAGCAUUACGAAUUCCGCUACCACCAUGUCAAAUGAAGGCAAGCUAAAUGUGCGAUUUUUUGAUGAUCGUGUUGUUAAGCAAAACCCUGAAUGUCUGAAGCCAUCCCCUCCGGAUGUAGCAAACUUAAGUGAGGGAAAUAAAUUGGUUGAGAAAGUUCCUCAAAAAGAGGAGGCUGAUGUGGUUCACAAUAGUAAUAGAAGUCGGUUAGAGGAUAAUGGAGUGCAGCAUCCUGAAAGUGCUAUUGGAGCUGGAAUUAAGUUCGGUGCUAUCGAAGAGGAUAAUUUGAUUGUUUGUAGGGAUAGUGAAAAGGAUAGGAAUUUGGUUUCUUGUGCAUUGUCAUGUACAAGUUCUCAAGAAAACAAAUCAGGGGCUGCAUCUGCACCUGUGCCUGCGCCUGGAAUUCCUGUUUCUGAUCAGAUGCAUCCACUAUCUCCUAAGGACCAACAAUUUGAAGAUAACCAUAAAUCUGAUGAAAAUGUCGAAAUAUCGAUUGCCAGUGAAAAAUCGACUGAUUGGGGCAUUGAUGUUUCAAAUUGCAAUGAUAUCCAAAUUGAACAAGUCAAAUCAGUAAUUAAUGAUUGUGUAACUGCUACUAGUUCAUCUAGUGUGGAGACUGAGAUAGUGGUGAAAGUUCAGGAUCCUAUAGUUACAACUGAGGUUGGCAAUCGAGAAAUUCUUGAAGCAUCGAAGACAGAAGGGGAUUCAGGAAAACCAGUUCUUAUUGACAGCAAUCCUGAGUCAGUCCAGGCUGGCAAUAGUGGAGCUAAUAUUUCCGAAGAACAACCUACCCCCAUGGCGUCGAUGGGAGAGAAUGUGGUUCUACACGGUGAUACCAUACAGGGUAAUAUGUCAAACGCUCAGAACGUGAAUAGCCUAGGAGAAUGUGACACGGUUGAAAGCAAGGAGCGGUUUAGGCAGCGUCUUUGGUGCUUUUUGUUUGAGAAUCUUAAUAGGGCUGUGGAUGAGCUUUAUCUUCUCUGUGAACUAGAAUGUGAUAUGGAGCAGAUGAAAGAGGCCAUUAUUGUUCUCGAAGAGGCUGCAUUUGAUUUUAAAGAUCUAACAAUUAGAGUGGAAGAGUUUGAAAGCUUGAAAAGGUUGUCUUCUCAGUUCAAUAGUGGGGCGCCAAUCAAUCUGAAGAGUGACCAUCGCAGGCCACAUGCUUUGUCAUGGGAGGUCCGGAGAAUGACAACAUCAGCACACAAAGCAGAGAUACUUUCUUCAUCUCUUGAAACCUUUAAGAAAAUUCAGCGAGAAAGAGCUGCCAUACGUCAUAAUAAUGAUGCAAAAAUCUUUCUCAAAUCUGGUGAUAGUCUUAAGAAGGUGUUAGUAAGUGAUGAAACAUCCAAUGGACAAGGUUUGAUAGGGGAACUGAGUAGUGAACAGCAGAAUGCUAAGUUAGUUGGUUCCAGCAAAUUAAACGCUGUGCAGAAUGGUGAUGUCUCUCCACGGGUUCCAUCCUCAAACGUUAUUACAUCUAAGUUACCUCCUAGGGACAAUGCUGCCGUUGGAAAGAGUAGGAGAGAACAACCUGGAUCUGAAGCAGAGAAGCUUCUUCUGAAGAAAGCUAAGACGUUGGCCGGAGUUGUUUCUGAGAAAAAUUUUAAGGUGACAGAUCAUUAUAAGAGACAAAUCCCUCAGUCUGAACAAGAUAAGGAAAAGGAAAAGAGAAAUUCAGCUCCUUGGAAAUCCAUGGAUGCAUGGAAAGAGAAGAGGAACUGGGAGGACAUACUUGCAUCUCCUUUUCGAGUCUCUUCCCGUGUUUCGCAUUCGCCAGGCAUGAGCAGGAAAAGUGCUGAGCGUGCACGUAUGUUGCAUGAUAAGCUAAUGUCUCCUGAAAAGAAGAAGAAAAAUGCUAUGGAUUUGAAGAGGGAGGCAGCAGAAAAGCAUGCAAGGGCUAUGAGAAUCAGAGGUGAGCUGGAGAACGAGAGAGUUCAAAAGCUUCAGAGAACCUCGGAAAAGUUAAAUCGAGUCAGUGAAUGGCAGGCUGUUCGAAACAUGAAGUUACGAGAGGGAAUGUACGCUCGACAACAACGCAGUGAGUCUCGGCACGAAGCUUUUCUUGCUCAAGUUGUGAAGAGAGCUGGUGAUGAGAGCAGUAAAGUUAAUGAGGUUCGUUUCAUUACCUCCUUAAAUGAGGAGAAUAAGAAGCUUAUGUUGAGACAAAAGCUUCAUGAUUCAGAGUUGAGGAGAGCUGAGAAACUUCAGGUAAUGAAAUCUAAACAAAAAGAAGACAUGGCAAGAGAAGAAGCUGUAUUAGAACGGAGGAAACUCAUUGAAGCUGAAAAGUUGCAGCGUCUUGCUGAGACACAGAGGAGAAAGGAAGAGGCUCUAGUUAGGAGGGAAGAAGAACGAAAAGCAUCAAGUGCAGCACGUGAGGCAAGGGCUUUGGAACAACUUCGUAGAAAGGAGGAAAGAGCGAAAGCUCAGCAGGAAGAAGCUGAACUUCUGGCCCAAAAAUUGGCUGAGAAACUUAGUGAAAGCGAGCAACGUCGUAAGUUCUACCUGGAGCAAAUACGAGAAAGAGCUUCUAUGGAUUUCAGGGAUCAAUCUUCACCUUUACUGCGUCGAUCCAUAAACAAGGAUGGUCAGGGUAGAUCUCCACCUACUAACACUGGUGAAGAUAAUCAGGCAAGCAGUUUGUUGGGGUUAGGAGGUUCAACUCUGGUGACAAGCAAUGUUGCCUUGCAACAUUCGACGAAACGAAGGAUUAAAAGAAUUCGACAAAGGCUUAUGGCUCUAAAAUAUGAAUUUCCUGAGCCUCCUGGUGGUGCUGAAAAUGCUGGUAUUGGGUACAGAACAACAAUGGGAAGUGCAAGGGUGAAAAUUGGGAGAUGGCUUCAAGAACUUCAAAGACUUAGGCAGGCAAGAAAAGAAGGGGCUGCAAGCAUUGGGCUAAUAACUGCUGAGAUGGUCAAGUAUUUGGAGGGAAAGGAUGCUGAACUGCAGGCUUCUCGUCAAGCUGGUCUUAUUGAUUUUAUAGCCUCUGCCUUGCCUGCUUCUCAUACAUCAAAACCCGAAGCCUGCCAAGUAACAAUACAUCUUCUAAAGCUUUUGAGGGUGGUAUUAUCUGUGUCUGCAAACAGGAGUUAUUUUCUUGCACAGAAUCUCUUGCCCCCAAUCAUUCCAAUGCUGUCAGCUGCACUUGAGAACUAUAUAAAGAUUGCAGCAUCUCUAAAUCUCCCUGGAUUUUUGUGGUCUGUGACAACAAUAAUCGGUCACGUGAACUCUGAGGAACAACAAAUACAAAUGCGGGAUGGCUUGCUAGAAUUGUUGACCGCAUACCAAGUUAUUCAUCGAUUGCGAGAUCUGUUUGCUCUUUAUGACCGGCCCCAGGUGGAAGGGUCACCUUUCCCUUCUUCAAUUCUCUUAAGCAUUUAUUUAUUGGUGGUUUUAACAUCCAGACCUGAAACAAAUUUGUUGAUUGAUUGGGAAUAUUUAGAAACAUUAGUGCGAAAUGGAAGUCAAGCCUCCAAAUUUGCAGAAUCUGUGGAUACUGUAUAUCCUAUAGAUCAUUCCACAGAUCUAAGACCUCCAUUACCAACUCAAAAUGGUAGUAAAGUUGUACAAUUACCAGAUGUACCAGAGGAUACACCAUUAGAUGAAUCAUAUAAGAUGGAUAAGAAUGUAGUGUCAGAAUCCAUCAACAUGGACGCUGACAAGGAGCAAAGUAAUUGUUUAGUUGAUCCCAAUAAGGCUGAUGUGGCCAAAUCAGAUGAUCCAAAAGAAUCGGAAAAGAUUCCAAUCGAAGACAUCUUGAAGUCUUUUCCACCUCAGAAGGAUGAUAAGAUCUCGGUGAAUGUGGGUGUAGAAGAAAAGAAUGAAAAUGCUUUGAACCUGGAUCAACCAGUGGCGUUUCUUCUUUCUGCUAUAUCAGAAACCGGGCUCGUCAGUGUUCUUUCUGUGUUGACAGCUGUGUUACUGCAGGCAAACAAUAGAUUGUCUUCUGAACAGGGAUUAUAUGCCCUUCCGUCGAAUUUUGAGGAGGUGGCAACUGGAGUUCUGAAAGUGUUGAACAAUUUGGCCCUUUUGGAUCUCAAGUUUUUGCAGAGAAUGCUGGCUAGGCCAGACCUGAAAAUGGAAUUUUUUCAUUUGUUGAGUUUCCUUCUUUCUCAUUGCAACGGCAAGUGGAAGACAGCUAGUGAUCAGGUUGGUAUGCUUCUGCUUGAAUCUUUGUCUCUUCUUGGUCACUUUGCGUUGUUCCACCCGGGGAAUCAAGCUGUUCUUCGAUGGGGAAAGACGCCUACUAUUCUACACAAGAUAUGCGAUCUACCGUUUGUGUUCUUCAGCGAUCCCGAGCUGAUGCCGGUCUUAGCUAGCACACUGGUUGCUGCCUGUUACGAGUGUGAGCAGAACAAGGCUGUGGUCCUGCAGGAAAUUAGUACAGAUAUGCUACUCUCCUUGUUAAGAUCUUGCAGAAAUAUGUGCACACUUCGGUCCAAUCCAAACACGGACAAUUUCCCUGUAAAUGAAUCUAGUGAUAAUCUGGUUAAUGGAGAACAUAAGAAGGUUCAAGGUGACAUUCCUCUUAAACCCAGCCGCCACAACUCUCGUUACUCUAGAAUCUCUUCGGGCAAGAACAGUGCUUCAGGAAACAGUAUGAAGAAUGGCAAAUUGAGAAAUCAAAGGGACUAUAAAGCAACAAAGGGUCAUGAAGAAGUGGCUCUGAAGCCUAAUAUGCCGGCUUCAGAAACUUCCUCCAUGAUGUUACAUUGUAGAUUACCACUCAGUUUCAUCGAUAAGGCGGAGCACUUCUUCUCAUCUGGGACCCCUAGCGGAGCAUAGCUGAUGAAUUAUGAGGUCAGCCAUCAAUGGAAACCUCCUAUCAUUUUUCUUCCAGAUAGAUCUGCUUUAGCACGAAUACGAUUUGAUACAUGAAACGAGAGGUGAAGUUUCUUAAUUUAAGACACUUGAACACGGAGUUUGAGGCAGAAGUUUUUGAUUCUGACACUGCGGCAGACAUGACAUUGACAGAUACUUGGUAUAGAGAUAGAAACAGGUUAUAAUUUGUCAAGAAUGAAUAGUCCUGCGGAGAUUUUCUUGUUUCUCAAGCCAAGCUAUAGAGUUUUCAACUGAGUUUAGAAUCCAAUUUGUAUCCUAUGCAGGACUUUUAUUGGUCACUUUGCCGUGUUUAUCCUCACCAGGAGUCCAAAUGGGUGCUGGUGAAGAGUUGUCCCCGUACCACAAGCCUUGCAAAUUGCAAAUGUGUACUGAAUUAACACUUCUGCUAGUAAAAGACACAUUCUUUUUUG